GGAAAUCUCCCACAACUCAUUACAGCAUAAAUAUUGCGAGGGAGGGAAAAAGGAUUUUUCCCCAUUUCAAUUAUUUGCUCUGCGUCUUAAACCAUGGAAAUAAUUGAGCAGUAAUUAUUGCCUUCAAAUCCAUUAUUUAUGUUAGGUUGAGCAGAAGUGCUCAUUAAAGAAAGGCUAUUAAGAUCUACAGAUCUGCAUUUCAAAACAAAAAUGUGGGAAUGAAUCAUAUCGUGUAUGCACUUCUUUCUUCUUUCCUGAUUUAGUCCGGCGGCGGCGGCGGUGGCGGUGUUGGACUCAGUAUGUCAGUUGAAGUGCGUGACGGUGGCGGGAUUGAUCACCGGCCGAGCAACCUGCAUUUAAAGAAGGAGCUCACGCAAAUCAGAAAGGCGGCAAGGGUGCUAAGAGACCCCGGAACCUCCUCAUCUUGGCGGUCGCCGCCGCUUGGUUCUGCGAGAUCCCUCACCAAGCUUCACUAUAAGAAUGGUAAUACCAUUGCUUCUUCCUCUCAACACAUUUUGCAGCCACCGUUGCUAGUUGGGAGUAGUAAUAGCUAUGUUAGUGGCAAUCUUAUUAAUAAUAAUAGUAAUAGUAAUGAUGCUAGUGGUAGAGUCGUUUCGAAAGCGAAACAGGAUAGGAGGAGGGUGUAUUUGUAUAACUGGAGAAAUCAGAAAUCUGAGAGUGAGAGGAGUAGGCAGAUUGGUGAAGAUGAUUGUGAGAAUGCUAAGGAUGAGGGGUCGUCCUCUACUCGGGAGGGGAGUAUUGAGACUGAUAGCAUCAAUGUUGGUGGGAAUGAUUCGAAAAGUGAUGGUUAUAUGAGUGAUAGGUAUGGGUCGUUGAUGUCCAAAUGUAAAGAUUCUAACUUCACGCCAUCUAUUAGGCGUACUAUUAAGAAGAAAUCGAAGAGGAACAAUUAUUCCAGUGCUAGUUCUAGGCAUCAAAAGGAAAAAUUGCAAAUGAGGAUGAUAUUGAGUAGAUAUGCUAAGAAUGUAGCAGACUGUUCCCCUGGUGUGAGAAUGAGGAGGGACGAUUUGGCGAAUUUGGUAGAUCAGUCUGAUGAUAAUGAUGAUUAUUGCAAUUCUGAGGAUUUAGGUAGAGAUUCUGCAAUAUCACCUUUGCUUGCUAGGCUCAAGAAUAAAGGUUGGUCUUAUUCACCCACAAAGUUGUUGAGGAUGCAUAGGAAGGAGGAUGAUUCCGUUUCAUAUAGCACGCAAGCAUUGUCAACGAGCUCUUAUAAUAGAUAUGCCAUUAGGAACCCAAGUACAGUUGAGUCUUGGGAUGCCACCACUGGGUCAUUGAAUGGUGCUGAUGAUGAGGUGGAUGAUCAGUUGGAUCUGCCUGGACGUCAGGGUUGUGGAAUUCCUUGUUACUGGUCUAGAAGGUCGACACCAAAGUCUAGAUAUGGAAGUUCUUGUUCUCCAUCUCUUUCUGACGCUCUUAGAAGAAAAGGAAGCAGCUUAUUUUGUGGAAAUCAGACCAUGCCCCACGGAAGACAUCAUCGCUUAUCUUUGGCUUCCAACAAGAGGAGACUCUGCUCCAAGACAGCAGGUCAAAGCCUCAUUCCUCUUCUUGACAAUGGUGCUGAUGGCCUCGGAAGAUUAUCCAUGAGAAGUGGGAACAGUGAUGAUGAGCUCUCAACAAAUUUUGCAGAGCUUGAUUUAGAGGCCUUGAGCCGGUUGGAUGGCAGGAGGUGGUCUGCAAGUUGUAGAAGUCAGGAAGGGCUUGAGUUAGUAGCGUUGAAUGAGGAAGCAUGUGAAGAAGGUUCUCCUGAGAAUAUUCGAAGCCUGAGCCACAAAUAUAGGCCAAUGUUUUUUGACGAAUUAAUUGGCCAAAACAUAGUUGUUCAAUCUCUUAUGAGUGCGGUUACAAGAGGGCGGAUUGCUCCUGUUUAUCUAUUCCAAGGUGCUCGUGGAAUUGGAAAAACUUCAGCUGCUAGAAUCUUUGCUGCUGCUUUGAAUUGCAUUGCCACUGAAGAGAGUAAACCCUGUGGGAUCUGCAGGGAAUGUGCUGAUUUCAUGUCUGGAAAGAGCAGGUAUCUUGAAGAAAUUAAUGGCUCCAAUAAGAAGGGAACUGACCAACUGAAAACUCUGUUAAGAAACAUAUCAGUGGUUCAUCCCUCGGCACUUCCACAUUACAAAAUUUUUGUCAUUGACCAGUGUCAUUUACUGCCCUCAAGAACAUGGCUGGCAUUUCUUCGACUCCUUGAAAAACCUUUGCCCCGUAUUGUUUUCAUACUCAUUACAACUGACGUUGACAAUGUACCACGCACUAUAUUGACUCGGUGCCAGAAGCACAUUUUCAACAAAAUUAGCAAUGGUGAUAUUGUUACGCGCCUGAAGAAGCUUUCAACUGAUGAGAAUUUAGAUGUUGAUCCAAAUGCGUUAGAGUUGAUUGCUUCAAAUGCAGAUGGUUCACUACGAGAUGCAGAAACCAUGCUGGACCAGUUGAGUUUGUUUGGGAAACGAAUCACUAAGUCCCUGGUGAAUGAGCUUAUGGGGGUUGUCUCUGAGGAUAAAUUACUGGAGCUUCUGGAGUUAGCAAUGUCAUCAAAUGCUACAGAGACAGUUAGAAGAGCCAGGGAAUUGAUGGAUUCGGGUGUUGAUCCAUUAGUUUUAAUAUCUCAGUUGGUGACACUUAUUGUGGAUAUUAUUGCUGGGACUUAUUCAAAUGCUGAUGCAAAGCACAACUAUCCGUUCUGUGGUGGGAGAACCUUGACUGAAAGGGAAUUGGACAGACUUAAGCAUGCUUUAACUCUACUAUCUGAGGCAGAAAAGCAUCUCAGAGUUUCAACUGAACGAUCAACCUGGUUCACGGCAACCCUAUUACAAUUAGGUUCUCUAUCUUCUCCUGAUCGAACUCAGUCCACCAGUAGUCGACGACAGAGUUCAAAGGUAACUGACCAGGAGCACAUAAGUAUGCUUAGAGAAGCUACAGUCCCCAAGCAGAACACAGAUGCACAAUUUGCACUUGAAAAAUCAGGUUCUCCAUCACCCUUUAUGGUUGCUGCUCACUGCAAUACAAUGAGCAACGAAAAAACAGUCAGACUAAUUGCCAAACCCAAUCAACGCCAAUUCACUGAUGGUGAAAAUCUGACCGACUCAAAUGGUGAUUGCGCAACUGGUAAAACGACAGUGACAUGCAUGGAUUCAAAGAUGUUAAUUAAUAUCUGGCUCCAAUGUAUUGAGAAAUGCCAUUCUAAGACAUUGAGGCAACUACUUCAUUCUUAUGGAAAGCUUGUUUGUUUGUCAGAAAUGAAAGGUGGUUUUAUUGCUCACAUUGCGUUUGAGGAUAGUAAUAUCAAGAGCAGAGCAGAAGGUUUUCUUAGCAGUAUCACUAAUGUAUUUGAAGUUGUUUUACGAAGCAACGUAGAGGUUAAAGUAAGUCUGCUGGAUAAUUGGAAAGUCAGAACUUCCUCUGCAGACGUAAGUACCUCAGAAGAUGGCAAGUCAGAUCUUCCUUUGCGGAGAAUUGAAUCCAUCAUCCAUGAGCAACGGUUGGAGACUGCAUGGCUGCAGGCAAUGGACAAAGGCGCCACUGGAUCAUUGAGCCAUUUGAAACCAGAAAGGAAUCAAGUGUUGCCGCAGGAUGGCAUAGAUCAUCCGAAAUCGAAGGAUUCUCUGGAUGUGCCCUUGCAGCACUGGGAAGACGAGUUGCAUCAUGAGAUUAAAGUACUGAAAAGUAAUGAUGGAAUGGCGCAUCAGAAGGAUCAGACAGUUAAGAAGAUCAGUCAUUACCCCAUAUCUCCGAGCUUGCUGCAUAAUACCAGCUUCCCAGAUAACUUCACCAAAGAUAAUAUGGGAUAUGAAUCUAGUACCGGGGCAGGCGGUUGCAGCGGCUUGUUCUGUUGGAAUAACCGCAGACCUCAUGGAAGAAGAAAGGGUGUACAAGGCACUCCUUCACGUCCGCACAAAGGUGGGCGAUUUUCUAUAUUUGGAGAGUGUGCUAAAUCGAGGACCACACAAAACAGAUUCACUAGAUGAUCACCCAGUCCCAUUUCUAUUUAUAGGCUGAACUGAGCCUCUGAUUUUCAAAUAUGUGGAAAUAUAUAGGAUGUAAAGUUAUUAUACAUUUGCCUCAUCAAUUCUAUCAACGGUAUCAAUAAAAAUUACAGACGUUUUUGUA